AUUGAAUUUAGUCAAGUAUCGUAUAUUUAUGAUUAACAGAUUAACACUAUGGUUUAUGUAAUUGUGUUAAUUCUACGCAUUCAAAUUUUAAACCUAACAGUACAGAACUCAUAAAUAUUAUUUGUUAGCAAUUUAUGUUGAAUUUACUUGAAGCAACGAUAUGAAUGUAUACUCCAAUUAAAAGAAAAACUGCAUUUUAAUAUGAUAAAUUAAGAAUAAAAGGAAAAAUAAAUAAUUUGUAACAGAGAAACAUUGUUAACAAUGACAAUGGAAAGUUAUGUAAAGACAUCAUCACUAUCAUUGUGCGUUUGCUUUCUUUACGAUUACUAUAACUAUAUUGAGAAUGACUCACUUAUGUGUACAGACAAUUCUACAGAGACAGAAGACGGUACACCAAUUCGAAAACUAUUCAUUAGUAACUUAGCAGAAAGGACCACGUACAAAGAUCUCAUUAAAUUGUUUUCUGAAUAUGGGCAUGUUGAGAAUUGCUUUUUACGAAGAAACGAUGGAAAAAGUAACUAUGCGUUUAUUACUUUUGACAGUGUCGAAUCUGCUGCAAGAGCUAGAUGCAGAUACAUAAUACUACAUAACAGAAAUUUGAGAAUUGUACCAGCUGAUUCUUGGCAUCAGCCAGAUAAUAUAGAAAAUCAGUACUAUAAUAAAAAUUGGCAAAAAUCUGACAAAAAACAGUCAAAUGAACAAUGUAGUCAAGAUUUUGUACAAAACGACAUUACAAAUAAUAGCAUCCAAAUAUUAAAUGAUGACUGUUUGAUGCAUGUUUUUCUUCAGUUACCAAUUGUGGACAGAAUUAGAAUUGAAGGAGUGUGCAAACGAUGGAGAGCAGUGAUCCAAGAAUCUUGGUGUAAAGUAAAGAAACUGGAUAUAUCGUGUAUGCGGAGCUCAGCAUCAUACAUUGAGAGAUCAAAACUUAAUAAGAAUGGUCUUCGCAAAGUAUUGUUGCGGUGUGGUAGAUUUUUAAAUGAAAUAGAUUUAUCUUUAGCACCUUAUUCAUUACAUGAAAGCACAGUGACCAUUGUUGGGAAAUUUUGUCCCAAUUUACAAAGAAUCAAUUUUACUUCUUUGACUGUUUCUGCAGCUGGUAUAAGUUCAUUAACAAGUAAUUGUCAUAAUAUUACAAAACUUAGUCUUGGUCCUACUAAGUAUAUCUGCGAUAAAGACUUACAAAAGCUUUUUAAAGUAAAUAAAAAGUUACGAUAUUUGAAUAUAAUCGCUAGUAAAAUAUGUGGAUGGUGUUUAUUACAUUUACCAUUGGAAACAAUUGAAAUUGUUUUAAUAAAAUGUGAGUAUCUGCAAGAAAGCUAUUUAUCUCAGGCAAUCGAAAAAUUACAGAAUCUGGAAAGUCUUACGAUAGAUAGUUGUUUUGGUAUUUCUAGUAAUGCCGUCCAAACAAUUGGCACAUGCUGUACGAAUUUAAAAACAUUAGGACUUUCUAACAUUUCUUGUUCAAUCGAAUCAAGUGAUAUGUUAUAUAUCACGGAACUAACUAAUCUUGAAGUUCUAAAUAUCUGUGAAAAUGAAGGCAUUACAGACGAAUUUUUGUGUAAAUUGAUACCAAAAUGCCAACGCCUUACUUACAUAGAUAUUACUGAUUGUUAUUACAUCAACAAUAUUGGAAUAACUGUUGUAGCAACAUUACCAAAAUUAGAAACAUUGAUAAUGAAUUACUUGAUGGUGACGUCGACGGAUAUUAGUUUGCGAGAUAUGUAUAAUCUGAAAAAAUUAGAAUGUCGUCAGUGCAAUUUAACAGAUAACACAUUUAUUGAACUUAUUGCAUCUGCACCUCAGUUAGAAUUAUUGGAUUUGUCAGAGUGCCGUGACGUCACGAAUCUUACAUUAGAAAAAGCUGCUACAGUUACUCUUAAUCGAACUAACAAUACAAUUUUGAAAAUAUUCGUUGGGAAGACUUCUGUGAACCUAGAAAAGUUCGACAAAAUUUCGCCGUUUUUACAUAUAGUUAAUGUAGAUUUCGUACCUACAACCAAAAGAUUACAAAGAUAAUAUUAAAACAUACUUUACUUUAUUUUGGUAAAUAUUUUAAAAAUAACAAAAAACAGUGACUAAAACUAUGCAAUAUUGACUGGGACAUCCUAAUAGACAUAAUACUUUUUGUACACAGUUUGUAUUGCAAUAAAACACGUAAUAUUUAAGAUUUGUAUAAAAAUAAUGUUUUGCAUAGGAAAUAUUAAACUUCAUUUAUAACACAAUAUUUUAACUUAUACAGGGUGUUCGGCUACCCCUGGGAAAAAUUUUAAUGGGAGAUUCUA